GCAGCAGUGCUCAUCCAUCCAUCCAUCCAUCCAUCCAUCCCAUACCUCACCCAGCAAAGCCCCUUCGCCCCCCAGCCCAGUAGAUACGCACACGUACAUACUCCUCCUACUGCUACUCAUCCUACUGAUACACAGUUGCGUACACGCGAGACGAGAGUGAUCCGAUCACGUUAGCAUAACACUAGCCAUUAUUUUUUGCAUUCCAUUUCACCCGGGAACUGUCAGUUAUAGUAUCAACUAUCAAGGCACUGGUUGCUGCGGUGAUUCCCGGGCAAAGGAAAAAUAGUCUGCUGCUGCUGCUGCUGCGGUGAACGACGAUGGAGGUGUGCUGCUGCUCCACAUCGACCUCCCUCCUCGCCGGGGGCCGCUUCGCGGCGUCGGCGGCGCGGGCGCGGCAGUGGGGCGGGGCGGGGGGAGGGAUCCGCGGGGCGGCCGUGCUGGCGCUGGCGCGCCCGCCGCGGCCGGCCGCGGCCCGGAGGCCGGCGCGCCGCGGGGUCACCAGGGCCGUAUUCGAGCGCUUCACGGAGCGGGCCGUCAAGGCGGUGGUGCACUCCCAGAAGGAGGCCCGGGGGCUAGGGGAGGGCGCCGUGGCGCCGCGCCACCUGCUGCUCGGCCUCGUCGCCGAGGACCGCUCCGCCGGGGGCUUCCUCUCCUCCGGGAUCACCGUCGAGCGCGCGCGCGAGGAGUGCCGCGGCCUCAUCGGCGCCGCCGCCGCCGCCGCACACAAGGCGGGUGGGCUCGACACCGACGUGCCCUUCGACGGGGGCUGCAGGCGCGUCUUCGAGGUCGCCGUCGAGCUGUCCAGGAACAUGGGCUGCAGCUUCAUCUCCCCCGAGCACCUCGCCAUCGCACUCUUCACUCUCGACGAUCCCACCACCAACAACCUCCUCAGAAGCUUGGGAGCGGAUCCGAGUCAGCUAGCAUCCGUUGCAGUCACCCGACUUCAUGAGGAGCUUGCAAAAGAUGGCAGAGAUACCGCAGGAGCUUCUUCUCUCAAAGUGCCCGAGAAAGCACCCGCUGGAGCUGGGGCUGGAAGAUCUGCCUUCAGCAAAUCCUUGAGUAAAAAGAAAGAUAAAGGUGCGCUAGAUCAGUUUUGUCUAGAUUUGACCACACAAGCCAGUGGAGGGUUUAUUGACCCCAUCAUCGGCCGCGAGGAGGAGAUCGAAAGGGUAGUUCAGAUAAUAUGCCGGCGAACAAAGAACAAUCCCAUCCUUUUGGGUGAGGCAGGUGUUGGUAAAACUGCGAUCGCCGAAGGGUUGGCUCUUCGGAUUGCAAAUGGAGAUGUCCCCAUUUUCCUCGUGGCAAAGCGUAUAAUGUCACUAGACAUUGGCCUGCUUAUUGCUGGCGCAAAAGAGAGGGGCGAACUGGAGUCCAGGAUCACUAGUUUAAUUCGUGAAGUCCGUGAAGCAGGUGAUGUUAUUCUUUUCAUCGAUGAGGUUCACAAUCUUGUUGGAUCUGGAACUGCUGGAAAGGGUAAGGGUGCUGGCCUUGAUAUUAGCAAUCUCCUGAAGCCCCCACUUGCCAGAGGUGAACUGCAGUGCAUUGCAGCUACAACUUUAGAUGAACACCGGAUGCAUUUUGAGAAGGAUAAGGCUUUGAACCGCAGGUUCCAGCCAGUAUUUGUAGAUGAGCCUAGCCAGGAAGAUGCUGUGAAAAUAUUACUUGGUCUUCGUGAGAAUUAUGAAACUUAUCAUAAAUGCAAAUUCACUCUAGAAGCCAUUAAUGCAGCAGUUUAUUUGUCAGCAAGAUAUAUCCCAGACAGACAGCUUCCUGAUAAGGCUAUUGAUCUUAUUGACGAAGCUGGCAGUAGAGCUCGAAUUGAAUCAUAUCAAAAGAAGAAGGAGGGACAAUCUUCUGUUCUCUUAAAGGAGCCGGAUGAAUACUGGCAGGAGAUAAAAGCUGUUCAGGCCAUGCAUGAUGUGGUGUUAUCUAACAAGAUGAAAUAUUCUCCGAAUGAGAAUAAUCAACAGAAUGCGAGUCUUAACGCUGAAGGACCACGUCAGGAUAAGGCUGAGUCAACAACUGAGGAGCCUAUUGUAGUUGGAACAGAAGAAAUUGCAAGAGUCGCCUCAUUAUGGUCAGGUAUUCCAGUCCAGCAGCUGACAGCUGAUGAUAAAAAGAUCUUAGUAGGACUGGAUGAUGAGCUUCGAAAGCGUGUUAUUGGUCAAGAUGACGCUGUUGCGGCGAUAUCGCGGGCGGUGAAGAGAUCACGUGUUGGCCUUAGUGACCCUGACAGACCUAUCGCUACGAUGCUCUUUUGUGGUCCUACAGGUGUUGGUAAAACCGAGCUUACCAAAGCUCUUGCGGCGAGCUACUUUGGAUCGGAAUCUGCUAUGCUUAGACUAGACAUGAGUGAAUACAUGGAGAGGCACACAGUGAGCAAACUGAUAGGCUCUCCUCCAGGGUACAUUGGGUAUGGUGAAACUGGUACUUUGACAGAAGCGGUCAGGAGAAAACCAUUCACCGUGGUACUGCUUGAUGAAAUAGAGAAAGCUCACCCUGAUAUUUUCAAUAUCCUUCUCCAAAUUUUUGAAGAUGGGCAUCUGGCAGACUCACAGGGUCGCAGAGUUUCGUUCAAGAAUACAUUGAUUGUCAUGACUUCGAAUGUUGGUUCUACGUCAAUUUCGAAUGGACGACGGAGCAUGGGUUUCUCAACAGAUGAUACCGAAUCAAGCAGAUACGUUGCGGUGAAAUCCCUGGUGAUGGAAGAGCUGAAGGGGUUCUUCCGUCCAGAAUUGCUCAACAGAAUCGAUGAGACGGUCGUCUUCCGUCCUCUGGAACAAACUCAGAUGCUAGCAAUUCUUGAUAUCCUCCUAGAGGAACUGAAGGGCAAGCUCUUGGCCGUCGGGAUCGGCCUAGAGGUUUCUGAUGCGAUGAAGGAGCUGAUCUGCCGGGAAGGCUACGACAAGAACUACGGUGCGCGACCACUGAGGAGAGCCAUCACCCAGCUGAUGGAGGAUGUCAUCAGCGAAGCGAUUCUUUUCGGCGAGUACAAGCCCGGUGACACGAUACUGGUGGAUACCGACAACAAGGGGAAGCCUUGCUUGAGUCGUCUGAACCAACCACCGAUCGUCCAAGUUUCCGACUCAACGCGGACAUUCUGAAGUGAAGCUCUUGUGUGGUAGACGAGAUAAGUAGUAAUUCUUUGAUAGGUCAAAAUUUUCUAUUCUUUCAGUCUCAAGUAACGAGAUAAGUAGUAAUUCUUUGAUAGGUAGAUACCAAAUAUUCAUUUCCUUGUGUACAUAUAUAGCAUUGAGGGAAUUCGUCCCAGGAUGAUCUUAUUCGGGAAGUAUAUAUCAAACUGUAAUAUUGUUCUCUGGUUUAUUCCAAAUAAUAUU